CCAUAGCCUGGAAGCCUGGGCCUUCUGACCUCUCCUGGCCAACUAUUAGAUAUGCUGGUCCAGCCUCGCGUCCAGGUUCCAUCUAGAUGGCUUUGCCCUUCUGAGCUCUCUUCACUCCAUCUAGCCAAUUUGAACAUUGCCACCAGCGUCCUCCUCCGCCCCCCCAUCACCUUGUUUCUAACAGUAGCCUCCUUGUAUAGUGUUCUUUGAUAUUGUUUACUUCCCCUUAGGAUUCCACCCCAUCACCCCUUAAACUUAUCACACUUCUAUCCAGCUAUUGAGUCUCUGUGGCUGCUGUGUGUUCAUAGUUGUGUCCUCCUUCACUUGGCCACUCCACUUUUUGUCAGUUGUAGAUCAUGCCUCCCAGUCUACUGUUGCCUCAAAUUCAAAGGCUGCCCCUGAGGCAGAGUCAGUGCUGCGACCUCUCUACAUGGAUGUUCAAGCUACCACGCCUCUGGACCCCCGGGUGCUUGAUGCCAUGCUACCAUACCUCAUUAACUUCUAUGGGAAUGCACACUCUCGGACACAUGCUUAUGGCUGGGAGAGUGAGGCAGCCAUGGAACGUGCUCGCCAGCAAGUAGCAUCUCUGAUUGGAGCUGAUCCUCGUGAGAUCAUUUUCACUAGUGGUGCUACUGAAUCCAACAACAUAGCAAUUAAGGGGGUAGCCAGGUUCUACAGGUCACGGAAAAAGCACUUGAUCACCACCCAGACAGAACACAAAUGUGUCUUGGACUCCUGUCGUUCACUGGAAGCUGAGGGUUUUCGGGUCACCUACCUCCCAGUGCAGAAGAGCGGGAUCAUUGAUCUAAAGGAACUGGAGGCUACCAUCCAGCCAGAUACGAGCCUGGUUUCAGUUAUGACUGUGAACAAUGAGAUUGGAGUAAAGCAGCCUAUUGCAGAAAUAGGGCGGAUUUGCAGUUCCAGAAAGGUAUAUUUCCAUACGGAUGCAGCCCAGGCUGUUGGAAAAAUCCCACUUGAUGUCAACAACAUGAAAAUUGAUCUCAUGAGCAUCAGUGGUCACAAAAUCUAUGGUCCUAAAGGGGUUGGUGCUAUCUACAUCCGCCGCCGGCCCCGAGUGCGUGUGGAGGCCCUGCAGAGUGGAGGGGGGCAGGAGCGGGGUAUGCGGUCUGGGACAGUGCCUACACCCUUGGUGGUGGGGCUGGGGGCUGCGUGUGAGGUGGCACAGCAAGAGAUGGAGUAUGACCACAAACGAAUCUCAAAAUUAGCAGAGCGACUGAUAGAGAAAAUAACAAAGAGCCUUCCAGAUGUGGUGAUGAAUGGGGACCCCGAACACCACUAUCCUGGUAUGGACAUAAUUUUUUUUUAUUUUUUUCUUAUUUUUGGUUGUUGGGGCGGGGGUUGUGGCUCAGCAGUAGAGCGCUCGCCUAGCAUGUGCAAGGCCCUGGGUUUGAUGUUUGGCAUUGGCCGCUUUACUACAGAGGAGGAAGUAGACUACACUGCAGAGAAAUGCAUUCAGCAUGUGAAGCGUCUUCGAGAAAUGAGUAUCUUAUCGCUUAUCGCUUAUCGCUUCUGA